GUGCAUGCGCAAAAUGCCUUGCUCCUUCCGCACUGUGUUUUCGCGCAUGGAUUAUUCGCGAUGCUAGGCGCCAUUAUCCGCGCUUCUGCAUAUGGCCCGUGCUGCAAGCGACUAGUGCUGGCAUCAUGGAUCAGAGUGCCGCCGGUAGAGCAGCCAUGUCGAACAUUUACCAAUUGGACCAGACGAUAUGUGCAGUCGAAGAACACAAUGUACUACUGGGGAAGCGUCGGGUUUGCUGUGAGCACUGUUGUUUCUUGCGCAGAAUCAGCUGCAAAAGCACACUGUGUUGAGCACGCUGCCAGACGCUUACCACUUGUGCACACACGUUUCCAGGUUGCUGAUGAUCUGGAACGAGUUGCAUCGAUGGAAAAGAUCGAGAACCGACUGAUCCGCGUAGCUUUCAAUGCUGAUCUUGAGUCGUCAAUGAAAUGGCAGUUUAAACCGUUGCAAAAGGAGAUUUAUGUUCAUCCUGGUGAAACAGCAUUGGUUUUCUACAGCGCCUACAAUCCAACGGACAAACCGAUUGUCGGUAUCAGCACAUAUAAUAUUAUCCCUUUUCAGGCAGCUUAUUAUUUCAACAAAAUCCAGUGUUUUUGUUUUGAGGAUCAAAUCCUUAACCCUGGUGAACAGGUGGAUUUACCGGUUUUCUUUUAUAUCGAUCCAGAGUAUGUGAAUGAUCCUGAUCUGGAGUACACUGAACAAUUACUAUUGAACUAUACAUUCUUUGAGUCAAAAUCAGGUCUUCUUCUACCUGAUCCCUUGGAUCCAGAAAAUCGGCCCACUAUUAAACGAAGUGCAGAGCCAGUCGAUGGUGAAGCUGCAGUACUCAAAAAUACCCAAAAUCUUCAGCCAGAUGCAAACGAACAAAAGAGCUAA